AUGCGGACGAGUCACUCGUGUCUCUCCUCCAUUCUUGCCGCGUCGGUGUGCCUGCUGGCGCGCGCCGCACGCAAGCCGCCGCCAGUCACGCCUCUGCCCAGUAGCUUGGCCACAUUUCACCCGGCCAUUGCACGCACGUGGAUGACCGCGGCGGCGAACAAGCUGCUGCAGCCGCAGCAUGUCCUUCCGACGAGCCGCAAGCUUGUCUGGUGGCACUGCCCGCACUGCGACCAUGAGCACCACAAAAGAAUUGACCUUCACGUGGCGGCGGGCGGGGUGUGCCCGGAAUGUCACCGCGUGCCAGCCCUGCCGCGCAAUGGCAACGUCGCAGCUGCCGCACCCACGCUGCCGCUUGUGAAACACCGCUGCCGCCCUGAUAACAGCCUCUCCGUGUUAGCCGCCCCCAACCCCAACCGCGUGAAGAGCAGCAUUGCAGAUGAUGGCUACCUCCGUGUGGUGGAGACGCGCAAUCUGCAGCCGAUGCUCGCGCGGAACUUUGAGAAGGAGGCCGACCGGAUACGCGACGAUGAGGUUCUUUUUGCCUCCCCAAAGCUUGACGGGGUGCGGUGCGUCGUCGCGUGGAAUGCACGGGAGCGGCGGCCGUGUUUUUUCAGCCGCUCCGGCACCCUCUUUGAGUGCUGUGAUGACCGCAUUGAGCCAACGCUGCGCCCCCUCUUCGAGAGAGACCCAAACCUUGUGCUUGACGGGGAGCUGUACAACCACGAUGUGGACGACUUCGAGCAACUCGUCUCGGCCAUCCGCACAACGCGGGAUCGCCGCACGCCGGCCAUUGCAAGCCUCCAGGAGAAGCUGCAGUACCACGCCUUUGACCUCAUGUAUGCCAGUGCGCUGCCGGACAUGUCUGUCGUGCCCUUUUCAGAGCGGUACAAGCACCUCAGUAGCCUGAUCAACGGCCUGGGCGCGCCGAAGGGAAAGGCGCGGGGGCAGGCCGUGGUGCUUGUGCCUGCUAUUCAGAUCACAAAGCCUAAAAUAGCCCGUGUCCUUCGUCUAUCAAUAGAAGACGGUUACGAGGGCAUCAUAGUGCGCCGCGACGGUGGAGUUGGUGCGCGAGGAAAAGGCAGUCGUAGCGACUCCAGACCUGCUGGAGUUCCGCGUAAGGGCACUAGCAGCGGUGCGCUGGUCGGCUACGCCCACGGCGCCCGAUCCCCACAUUUGCUGAAGUACAAGGUCAUGCAGGAUGCGGAAUACGUCAUCGUCUCCGGGGUGGAGGGACGCGGCAAGUGGAAGGGCUGCCUCGGUGCCUUUGUUUGCAGUACGAAACGCGGCCACCACUUCACCGUUGCCCCCGCCACGACAGAGGAUACAAAGAAGGACAUGUGGCGUAGUCUCGCACAGUACAAGGGGAAGAUGCUUACCGUGCAGUAUCAGGAGCUCUCGGCGAAUGGGGUUCCACGCUUUCCCAUUGGCAAGUGUGUGCGAGGCGCCAAGAGCGGAAAGGACUGGAUAUAG